AUGACUAUGGAUAGUUCACACAAAGACAUCCGACAACUUCGUCGAUACAUCACCACGCACGCUGAAGAUGGUAGAACGACAUUCAUAACCGACGUGUCAGAGGAGCCACAGUUCAGGCAGCUUCCUGAUAAAGCCGAAUUCGCGCUUUGCUAUGCUAGCAACCAGUUCCCCAUCCAAUUAGCUGACGACGCAGACGUCACGACCUAUAAAAACUACACUGAAAAUCUGCCGGGGAUUACCAUAUUGACGGGAACUGUUCUACGGGUGGUAGAUAUGCCUCCCGGUGCGCUGUCACCAAUGCACCGCACCAUCAGCCUCGAUUACGGGGUGGUGCUGGAAGGUAGAGUGGAGCUGGUGUUGGAGUCGGGGGAGACUCGACUUCUGGAGAGGGGAGAUAUCUCAGUUCAACGUGGAACGAACCAUGCUUGGCGUAAUAUGAGCACGACGAGCUGGGCAAGGAUGCUGUACGUGUUAGUACCUGCAGAGAAUUUGGUCGUGGCUGGAGAGAGACUGGCUGAUAAUACAUUGGAAACAAUCCCUGGCCACAAGUAG